CCCGUCGCCGCCGCCCGCCCCGCGCUGCCCGCACGCAAAAUGGCCGCCGGCGGCUGAGGUGGGCCGCGCCGCCAGUGACGCUGCGCGCGGCUAAUGGCGGGCGCGAGGGGCGGCACGGCACGUCCGGGGCCGUGCUUCCCGCAGCGCUUCUCCUUCCUGUCGGGGCGCGUUUGAACGUGUGGGGGCCGGGCGAGUGCUCUCCUCCCCGGGAAGGAUCCUCGGUAGUACCUUCCUCGCUCGCUCGCUCCCGGGGCGGGGAGACACCUCAGGUGCGCCGUGCCCGCGGUCUGUACCCUCAGCCGCUCGCGCCUCAAGGUAGAUGCCAGUUUGCAAUGGGUCUUAAAACCUUCUGGAAGGACAACAAAGUUCUGAUUGUUAUGGGAGCUAGCCUGGGGCUAGUGCACUGGGGCUGGUAUUACUUGAAGUCCAGUCCUAUUUUCCAAGUGAAGACAGAGGAUUUGUCUCCAGACCGUGAGAUUCUGGCAUUCAUGAUGCAAACUGCUCGCAAAAGUAAAGAAAAAUAGCAUUAGUACUUUGAUUUUUGGGUAUAACUAAGCUUGAAGGUUUUCACCUGUCCCUGUUGCCAGAAAAGAUGAAGAAAACUUCCUGGAGUAGAAAGAACUUUCUGCUUGUAGCAGGACUGUCACUUAUCGGUGUUCAUAUAGGAAGCGUGCUUGUAAACUUUGUUGCGAAAAAGUCUGCUCUAUCUCAUUCAGAAGCCAGAAGAGAUCGUCCAUAAUGAAAUAGCUUCCUGCUGUCACUAUUUUUCUGUUUUGCAACAUGAUUUAAGGCUCGUUUUAAGAGAGCUGUGAUGAGUAGUUUCAGGAAUGUUAUACUGUUUCGCACUGAAAAUAAUCCUUACCUGCAAAGAAUUAAAAUGUACCACUCCUAAAAUUUAAAAGUGCAAUGAAUUAUAGAUUCAAGUAAAAAUGCAAUGUGUUUUUGGCUAGAAUUAAAAUCUUACCUUCAGAAUGUCUCGCCUUGAAGCUAAAAAGCCUCCGUUAUUUAUUAGCGAGCCACUAACUAGAGAUGCAGUGAGUCAGUCGCUGUCUCUGCUGAGUGGGAUAUUAAAAUCUUCCUACGGUCCUGCUGGUCGACUCAAGCAGCUGCACAAUGGUGUGGGGGGCUGUGUUUGUACCACUUCCCAGUCCUCAGCCCUCCUGGGGCGCCUUUCCCUCAGCCAGCCCGUGCUGCGUGUCCUGACAGCCUCUGUACGGAACCACGUGUCACGUUUCAGUGACUGUGGCUUGUUCACUGCCAUCCUGUGCUGUGGCUUCAUUGAAAAUUUCAGGAGCCUGAAUGUUGCACCUUUUACUGUCAUUAAAAUAAGCAAGCAUCUUCUGAGUCUGUGCAUGGACCACCUGAAAUCUGAGGCCUGUGGUUGCCGGGUGUCUGUGGAUUUUAGCAGUGUUGAGACCCUUGUUUGUUUGGUUCGGAGCAUUUUAACAAGCAAACCUGCUUGCAUGCUUAAUAAAACUGAAGUUGAUCAUCUCA